AAAUACUUGGCAACUCAGCUUUCCUUAAGAAUCUCUCAAGAAUCUCGUGGAUCUAAUAAUCCCUACCCCGGGAAUCUCACCGACACUGUAUAUUCAUCUAUGCCCAUAAAUCUCACUUCCCCCCUGCCCCAAGGUUCCCACCGCCACAAUUCCGAGCGAGGAAUUCCAAAUAGUCUCAUCCCCCUCGAUCCGCAACCAAGAUGGGGGCGCCAAUGGCCUGCUCCGCCUCCGAUCUCCGCCCCCUCCUAGGCCCCAACGCCACCGCCGCUGCCGCAGAGUACAUCUGCGGCCGCUUCGACGCAGUCUCCGCCAAGUUCGUGGACACCGGCUACGCUGUGGACAACACCUACCUGCUCUUCUCCACGUACCUCGUCUUUUCCAUGCAGAUCGGGUUCGCCAUGCUGUGCGCUGGCUCCGUCCGGGCCAAGAACACCAUGAACAUCAUGCUCACCAAUGUCCUGGACGCCGCUGCAGGCAGCUUCUUCUACUACCUCUUCGGUUUCGCCCUCGCGUUCGGGACACCGUCCAACGGAUUCAUUGGGGCCCAUUUCUUUGGCCUUGACAAGUUUCCGUCCCAGUCAUUUGACUACGGAUUCUUCCUGUUCCAGUGGGCCUUUGCGAUUGCUGCGGCCGGCAUCACGAGCGGUUCCAUUGCCGAGCGAACCCAGUUCCCAGCGUACCUUAUCUAUUCGUCCUUCUUAACUGGCCUGGUAUAUCCGAUCACAUCUCACUGGUUCUGGUCUGCAGACGGUUGGGCCAGCCCAGCCCGGUCGGACAACCUCCUGUUCAGGUCAGGUGUGAUAGACUUUGCUGGCUCAGGGGUUGUUCACAUUGUUGGGGCAGUGGCGGGCCUGUGGGGAGCGCUGAUAGAGGGUCCACGCAUCGGGCGGUUUGACCAUGAAGGCCGUGCAGUGGCCAUGCGCGGGCACAGCGCCACCCUCGUGGUGCUCGGCACAUUCCUACUGUGGUUCGGGUGGUACGGGUUCAAUCCAGGUUCCUUCCUCAACAUUCUCAAGGCCUAUGGGGAGAGCGGAUCCUACUACGGGCAAUGGAGCGCGGUGGGGCGAACGGCGGUCACCACCACCCUGGCGGGCUCCACUGCUGCCCUGACCACCCUGUUCGGGAAGCGACUACUUGUCGGGCAUUGGAAUGUGACGGACGUCUGCAAUGGCCUACUGGGUGGGUUUGCAGCCAUAACUGCGGGCUGCUCGGUGGUGGACCCGUGGGCCGCCAUCAUCUGCGGGUUCGUGGCAGCCUGGGUCCUGAUCGGAUGCAACAAGCUUGCUGAGAAGGUCAAGUACGACGAUCCCCUGGAGGCGGCACAGCUCCAUGGAGGUUGCGGGGCAUGGGGGCUGAUAUUCACAGGCCUGUUUGCGAAGAAGGCGUAUGUGAACCAGUUGUACCCCGGGGUAGAGAACAGGCCGUACGGGCUCCUGCUAGGCGGCGGAGGGAGGCUGCUAGCAGCCCAAGUUGUGCAGAUUGUGGUGGUGGCAGCGUGGGUGAGCGUGACCAUGGGAACGCUCUUCUUCGUGCUGCACAAGUUGGGGUUGCUCAGGAUAUCGGCGGAGGAGGAGAUGGCCGGAAUGGACCUCACCAGCCACGGCGGGCUCGCAUAUGUGUACCAGGACGAGGAAAACGAGAAAGGAGGCGCCACAGCUGCCCUAAAGCAGCACAAUUCGACAGUGUAAUUAAUCAUCUGGAGGGUAUAAUUAUUCGAUUGGCAGGUUAAUUGGAUUAAUUAAUCAAAUGGCGAAUUGGGAGAACUAACUUGAUUAGACGUAAUAUAAAUGGUUUGGCAUUGUGAAUUAUAGUGAAAAUAAAAUCAUUGAUUUCAUCAU